AAUUCCUCCUCACCAUUAGUCUCCGCCACGUUCAUAUCCACGGCUCGCUCCGCUUCCCUUCCUUUGUGGCUUCCCUCUCAAAAUCUCCUCGCCGCGACGCGCAUUUCCAGAGGCGAAGGCGAGGCCAACGUCGCGAUGGAGCUCAUCACGCCGCCGCCGCAAGAAUUCCUGGUCGGCAGCGCAUCCGCCGGCGCCUACACCCCAAAGUCCGCGAUCAUGAACCCGUUCGCCUCCGGCGACGAAGUGGCGGCGAGCAACCCGUUCCUGGCCACGGCGGUGACCGCGCCCCCCUCGCCCAACCCGUUCGAGCACCUCCCGCCCGGCGCCUCCGACGCUGACCCCUUCGACCUCUUCCAGCACUUCACCAGCGCCCCCGCCAGCCCCGCGCGGGCCGCCGCCAUAUACGCGCAGUUCGACAGCGUCGACGGCGGCGGCGGCGGCAAGGUCGACGGCGACGCGGGUUUUCAGCCCCGCGUGUCCUACUCCACGGUCGCCUCCACCGUGCCGUUCAACUGGGAGGAGAAGCCGGGGAAGCCGAAGCCCGAGUUCGCCAGCGUGGCCGCCGUGACGGUGGAGGGAGGCGAGGUGGACGACACGGACUUCGACUUCGGCGUCCUCCUCGACAAGGCCGCGCAGGCGCAGGAACUGACGACGGCCGACGAGCUCUUCGACGAGGGAAAGAUACGCCCUCUGAAGCCACCGCCGCGCUUGCUCGAAGGCGGCAGCGUCGGAUCGUCGCCACGGUCGGCGAGGUCCGUGAUGUGGUCUCCCCGGCUGCGGCGGAGCCUUGUCAGGCCCGGUGGCGCCGACUUCGACCCGUUCGCGGCCGCUCUGGCGAAGGCAGCCAACGCCCCCUCCCCUCUUGGCGCUGGCAGCAAAGACGACGUGAGCGGCGUCGAGUUAGCCUCGUCACCGGAGAACCCAGCAGACCCUGCCACGACGGCGACCUCCACUCCCCCGACCUCGACCAAUGGCCGAAGGAAGAAGUGGCGGCUCAGCGACCUGCUCCUGUUCCGGAGGGUAUCAGGCAAAGGCCGCGACGCCGGCAACAUUAGCAGGGACCCGGUGUUCAAAUACGCACCGGUGCAACAGCUUGGCACGCCGGUGAAGACGGCGAGCUCAGGACCCGCGGCUGCCGAAGGAGAGGUCUCAUCGAGCAAGCACAAGAAGCAGAGCAAGAAGGCGGCACCAGAGGGCGGCCUGCAGCUGCCGCACCGGCAGGGCAUGAUGGGGUGCGUCCGGCUGCACCCCGGCCUGCACCGGCUGGCCAAAGGGUUCCACGGCCACUCGGCGCACCUCGGCGCCCGCGGCACCGCCAGGUCGGCCAUGAAAGGGUAAAAGUUUCUUGGAAGAAGAAUGGUGGACGUUUUUCCGUAUGCAUUUCCUUCGCAGUUCCGUGAGACAGUGUACAAUUCGAUUCAUUUUUCUCCAUUUUGUUUGCCCUUUUGGUGUACUAUGCCCCGAUGUAUGAUGAUGAUGAUAGAAGAGAUUAUCCAAUAACACGCAGUUAAUUGGC